AUGGCAGCUGUGGUCGCCCAACCCGUCCACUACUUCGGGCUCCGGACAGGUGUGACAAAUAAUUUGUUUUUCAUCGAUGAGCAAACAGUCAUCUACCCCUGUGGAAACAACUGUGUGCGGUAUAACAUUGACCAGAGAUGGCAGACGUUCAUCCCAGGCACAGAGAAAAGUCAAAACAUGCAAGCGCUUGCCAUCAGUGCCAACCGGCGCUACUUAGCGGUGUCAGAAAAUGACGAGAAGGCAACCAUCACUGUGUAUGACCUGCAGCAUGAGCCAGGCAGAAAGAGGAAGAUCCUAAGCGGAGGAGAUAUUCCCACACAGGAGUUUGUAUGCAUGGCUUUUUCCCAUAAUUCCAAGUACCUGAUUGGCCAAGCAGGUGGCCCAGAAUGGACACUGAUCUUCUGGUUGUGGGAAAAACAGAAAGUCAUGGCCACAGUCACAACCAGUGGGUCAACAAACUCUGUCACUCAGGUCAGCUUCAAUCCCUAUGACAACACUCAAAUCUGUGUGAGUGGUGCUGGUGUGUUUAAGCUGUUCCGCUACUCAGAGGGUGCCCUGAAGUUGGGACACUCGAGGGUGGAGUCUAUAAAUGUACUUUGCCAUGCCUGGAUGACAGAGGAGCAGGUAAUCGCCGGUACAGACACAGGCAGGCUGCUUGUGUUUGAGUCUGGAGACCUGCGUAGGGAGAUAAACAUUACUACCAAGCCAGUGCCACAGGAUACUCACAGGCAAGUAGAGAAGAAGACAACAGAAGACAUCAUGGUGGAGGGAGGCAGGUCCAAACCUUGUAUCACAGCUAUUAUAUCCUACUGCAUGGGCUUUGCAUGCUCCAUGGGCCCUGGCGCUAUCUAUCUAUUUAACAAGACUGAGGAGAAGGACAGUUAUAUGCAGACAAAAGAGAUCCGGAUUCCCACAGACCCUUGUAGCUUUGAGCCAAGCCAUGCCGAGCACCAGGAGAUCACCACCAUGUGUAUCUGCCCAUCAGAGGAGAUUCUGGCCAUCAGUACGGAUGGAGGACAGCUCUACAGCAUCAACCUGUCGUCUGCUGAUAUGAGCAAGAUGGAGCAAGCACGUUUUGAUUUUCUGGCCCAGUCCUUCCACUCCAAGCCCAUCACGGGCCUUUCCAUCUGUAUGUGUAAACCUCUCAUUGCCACAAGCUCCUUGGACCACUCUGUCCGCAUUUGGAACUUUGAGACAAAUGUGCUAGAGCUCUACAAGACGUUUGAGGAGGAGGCCCACAGUGUGGCUCUUCACCCAUCCGGACUCUUUGUCCUGGUGGGUUUCUCCGACAAGCUCCGGCUGAUGAACCUGCUCGUUGACGACAUUUGCACUUUCAAGGAGUUCACUGUCCAUGGCUGCCCAGAGUGUUCAUUCAGCCACGGUGGUCACUUGUUUGCUGCUGUCAACAGGAACAUCAUCCAUAUUUACUCUGUCACCACAUUCGAGAACAUCCUCAAUCUGAAAGGCCAUGACGGAAAGGUGGGGGCCAUUGCGUGGACUCCAGACGACAGUCGGUUGGUGUCGUGUGGGAUGGAUGGCGCUGUGUAUAAGUGGGACACCCGGAGCAGUAAGUUGGAGACGGCAUGCGUCCUCAAAUCCUGCAGCUACACGGGUGUUGCCAUCUCCACAGACAUCAGGAACAUCUUCGCUAUUGGAACAGAUCACACCCUGAAGGAGAUCCAAGACUGUCAGAUCCUGAGGGAGGUCUCAUCUGAUGAUGUGGCCUACACCAGCAUCACCAUGUCUCACUCUGGUAGGGUCAUCUUCACCGGGACCUGUAGUGGUACCAUCAGGGUAAUCAAAUACCCCUUACCCAUUCACAGGGACUGGAUCGAGUACCAGUGCCAUUGUGGUCCCAUCACCAAGAUGGUGGUCACGUAUGACGACCGCUUUCUGGUCACAGUGUCUGAAGAUGGCUCCCUGUCAGUGUGGAAGAUUGUGGACAAGGAGGGCCGUGGACUCCAAAGAGACAAGGAGAUGGUCUAUACUGAGGAGAUCCUCAUCACCAAGUCUGACCUGGAGGAGAUGAACCAGAACCUGUUGGAGCUGAAGACACAGGUGGAGGCGCUCAAGAUGGAGAAUGAAUACCAGCUCCACCUUAAGGAUAUGAACUACAGGGAGACAAUCAAGGACAUCUCUGAGAAGUUCAACCAGCAGUUGGAAUCCAUCAAAACCAAGACCCAGGUCAUGAAGGCAGAGAAGGAGAAACAGGAACUUGCUCACCUUGCAGCCAUUACUGAGCUUACCAAGAAACACAACAAAGAACUACAGGAUUUAGAGUCAUCCAGCUGCCAGAAGCUCAUGCUAGAUAAUGAGAAGUAUCAGAAGCUUCAAAAUAAAUGUCAAAGCAUGCAGCAGGACUAUGAGAAGCAGUUGACAUCUAUAGAGGAGAGCAAGGGUCGUGCCCUGGAUGAGCUCACCCACUUCUAUGACGCCAAGUUGCAGGAGAAGAUUCAAUUCUUUAGCCAGUGCCAGGAUAAGGCGAGGCAGUCGGUGCAAGAGUUUGAUGAGCUGAACAGACAGAUUGAGGAGGUUGGUGACCAGGAGAUCCUCAACCUCCAGGUCAAUUAUGAGAAGGAGCUUCACACAGAAAGAGAUACCAAUCAGAGCCUGAAAGAAGAAGCAGGCACCCUGAAGCAAAAGCUUGGAAGCCUGCAGAAGGAGAUUAGCAAUAAAUGUACAAAAAAAGAGAGGCUAGAGCAAGAGCAGCAGAAGCUACAUGGAGUAAUCAGUUCGGUGGAGAAGGACAUCAUGGGUCUGCAGAGGGCCAUCUCUGAACGGGACGAGAUCAUCCAAAACAAGGAACUCACAGUCUUCAACCUGAAGAGGAGGAAUGGAGAGAUGGAGAAGUUGAUGUUUUUCUUGGAUGACAACAUCACAGAACUGAAGUAUCAGAUUGAGCAACAAGAGAACGAAAUCAAAGAGAUGAAGGAAAUCAUCGGGGAGAUGAAGACUGAGCUGAACCAAUUCCACCAGAAGAGAACUCAGCUGGAUCUGACCAUCUCUAACAUGAAGCUCAAGCUUGCGAGCACAGACAAGGAGAAGCAAAAGGAGAUGCAGAGAGUGAGCAAUAUGGAGGCCUAUGUGCGCUGCUUUCAGGCAGACCUCCAUAACACUAAAGCCUUCUUUGAAGAGCCCAAGAGACUCAAAGAACACCUAAAGAAGCUCUACAAUCACUACAUACCACCAGAUGAUGUGGCAGAAAAGACAGUCGUAGAAGAAGACGUUUUGAGGGCGCAUCAUCGCCAUCGCCAGAUCCUGGAGAGGAAGCUGGCCACUGUGGAGGUGAAAAUGGCCAGAGAUGCGGAGGUUCAGAGGCGAGACCAUGUCAGGAUCAUUAAGGAGAAUGGUUCUCUGAUCAAAGAAGUCAACGAGCUGCGGGUGGAGCUGCAGGUGGCAAGGGCUAAGCUCCACAAUUAUAAAAUGCAGACAGUCAAGACCAAGAUGUCAAAGCAACAGAGCUCUUCUGACUGUAAUGUGGAGUCUCCUAGAGACUCGGCGGGCAGCCAGGCAGCACAGAACGUGGAGGCUGAGCAGAUAAUUCAUCUGCAGAGCUUGGAGAUCCAGAGGCUGAGGCAAGAGAUCCUUGGCCAGGGCCUCAACACCAGCCCCCCCUCCUCCAUCAUCAAGCUCCCUGCUCUCAACCCCGGAGCUCACCUCACUGUGUUCCACAGCACCACAUGCGAGGGGACAUUAUAA